GGACGCAGGCGGCGGGCAAGCGGGAUGGCGCGCGGAGCUGCUCCGGGCCCCGGCCCGCCGCCCCGCUCCCCUGCCCCGCGCCCGCCGCCGCCGCCGCUUCUGCUGCUGCUCGCGCUGGCUAUUCACCGGACGUGCGCCGCGCCGGCACCCGCACCCCGCGCGGAGGACCUCAGCCUGGGGGUGGAGUGGCUGAGCAGGUUCGGCUACCUGCCUCCAGCUGACCCCGAGACCGGGCAGCUGCAAACUCAGGAGGAGCUGUCCAAAGCCAUCUCUGCCAUGCAGCAGUUCGGUGGCCUGGAGGCCACCGGUGUCCUAGACCCCGCCACCCUGGCCCUCAUGCGGACCCCACGAUGCUCCCUCCCGGACCUGCCCCCAGCCGCCCCGAUGCGCAGGAGGCGCCAGGCCCCGGCCAGGACCAAGUGGAACAGGCGGAACCUGUCUUGGAGGGUGCGCACCUUCCCCCGAGACUCGCCGCUGGGCCGGGACACGGUGCGGGCGCUCAUGUACUACGCGCUGAAGGUGUGGAGCGACAUCGCGCCCCUGGACUUCCACGAGGUGGCGGGCAGCACGGCCGACAUCCAGAUCGACUUCUCCCGCGCCGACCACAAUGACCGCUACCCCUUCGACGGCCCCGGCGGCACCGUGGCCCACGCCUUCUUCCCCGGUGACCACCAUGCCGCAGGGGACGCCCACUUCGAUGACGACGAGGCCUGGACCUUCCGCUCCUCGGAUACGCAGGGGAUGGACCUGUUUGCAGUGGCUGUCCAUGAGUUCGGCCACGCCAUCGGGCUAGGUCACGUGGCCGCCACCAGCUCCAUCAUGCAGCCCUACUACCAGGGCCCCGUGGGCGACCCGCUGCGCUACGGGCUCCCCUAUGAGGACAGAGUGCGCGUGUGGCAGCUGUAUGGUGUGCGGGAGUCUGUGUCCCCCACGGCACAGCCGGAUGCCCCCGAGCCUGAAGAGCCUCCCCUGCUGCCAGAGCCCCCCGACAAUCGGUCCAGCACCCCGCCACAGAAGGACGUGCCCCACAGGUGCAGUGCCCACUUUGAUGCGGUGGCCCAGAUCCGGGGCGAGGCCUUCUUCUUCAAAGGCAGGUACUUCUGGCGGCUGACUCGGGAUCGGCACCUGGUGUCACUGCAGCCGGCACAAAUGCACCGCUUCUGGCGGGGCCUGCCGCGGCACCUGGACGGGGUGGACGCCGUGUACGAGCGCACCAGUGACCACAAGAUCGUCUUCUUCCGAGGAGACAGAUACUGGGUGUUCAAGGACAACAAUGUGGAGGAGGGGUACCCGCGGCCCAUCUCCGACUUCAGCCUCCCCCCGGGCGGCGUGGACGCGGCCUUUGCCUGGGCGCACAACGACCGGACCUACUUCUUCAAGGACCAGCUAUACUGGCGCUAUGAUGACCGUGCGCGGCGCAUGGACCCCGGCUUCCCCGCCCAGGGCCCCCUGUGGAGGGGGGUCCCCAGCAGACUAGACGACGCCAUGCGCUGGUCCGAUGGGGCCUCCUACUUCUUCCGUGGCCAGGAGUACUGGAAGGUGCUGGACGGGGAGCUGGAGGUGGCUCCCGGGUACCCACAGUCCACGGCACGGGAUUGGCUGGUGUGCGGGGAGCCUCAGGCCGGCACGAGUGUGGAGGGGCUGCCGGCAGGCCCUCAGGGCCGCAGCGGAGUGCAGGACGGCCUGGCCGUGUGCUCCUGCUCAGGUGCCGGGCGCACGCUCCCCCUGCUGCUGCCACCGCUGCUGCCCAGUGCGCUGGGUGCCCUGGCCCGGGCCCCGUGAGUACUGUGCCAGGGAGCAGCCAGUGGCUGCCUGCAAGGAGCUGGGUCAGCUCUGCGUGCCCCGCUGCCCUCCUAGAGAGACUGCUGUACCUCGAUCUGGGGACACCCUGGACCCUGGCACCUGGCACCGCCACUUCUUGUGAGCCUGGGGUCCUGCUUCCCGGGGUCACAGCGAGACAGAGGAGAGGAGCCGGGUGAAGAGCCCAGCACACGGAGGACACUCACGUGACCCCAGGGUGGCCGUGAAGGUCCAGCGAGCUCGAGGCCGAGCUGCACUAGAGCCUACAGGAUCCUCAUCACUGUCCAGGAGACGAUGUCCCUCUGUGGGCUGGAACCCGGCCUCCGGGCACCUGGAGGGGACCCUGGGGUAUCGCCCUCCCUGCCCUGGCCACACUGUGGCUUCCAAGCCCUGGCACAGGAAGACAAGGAGCAGAGCCAGCGGGCCUGCAUGGGGACAGGGACACGACUGCCCCCUGGAGGUGUGGAACGCCGCUCCCUGCCCGUGCCAGGUGGGGGGAUCAGCACCCUUGGAAGCCAGGCUGCGAGUGACCAGCACGCACCACCCUGCUCAACACGGAGGACAGUGAAGCCCUCAGGCAGUGGCCCUGGGGCAGUGGCUGGGCAGAGGCAGCCCUGUGCCCUGCAGGGGGUGAGCUGGGCCAGUAGGGUGGCUUCCUGCAUCCCACCUCUUCCAGGGCAAGAGGUGCCGCACCCCCAGAGCCCCACACCUCACGCUGGCUCACAGGCCAAGCACUGGCUCCUCCCCCCGCUCCCCUGCACACCUCGCACGUCCGCACCCAGAGCUGCUGGCAGGCACCCUCCGUGGGGACACGGCCCUGCAAUCCUUGUCACACAGCCAGAAGCGGAUCCCGCCUGGCGUCACUCUGGUGUUAAGGCCCAAACCCUAAUAAAGUUUUCUACGCCA